AUGACUGUCUCUAAAGGCGAGCCACUACCAUCUCUCUUCUCAACCCUUGACGAAGGCUUUCACGCGAACCUCCGCCGCUCCGUCAACCAUGCUUUCUCAAUGAGCUCCCUCGUACAAUACGAACCAAUGGUGAACGAAACGGUCGAAAUAUUUCUCGACCAAACAGCUACAUUGUUCGCCAACAGUGGGAGAACAUGUGACUUUGCACGCUGGCUCCAGUUCUUUGCAUUCGACGUCAUCGGCAGCAUCACAUAUAGCAAGCGCCACGGCUUCAUUGAGAAAAACCGAGACAUAGACGGCAUCGUCAAGUCUCUUGCGCGGAUCUUCGACUACUCCGCACCCAUCGGCCAAAUGCCCUGGCUCGAUAAAGUAUUCUGGAAGAACCCGAUCUUCGACGCAUUGCAGAAAUGGGGAAUCGCAGAUAACUCCCACCCGGUCGCGGUCUUUGCCCGCCAACGCAUGCAAGAGCGCAUGUCGGCCGAUAUCACCAACCCCACAACCCAGAAGGGAGACCUCUUAACCAUGUUCAUGAAAGCCGGCAAGGAUCGCCCAGAGUUCAUGACCGAGAAGCGCAUCCUCACAAUGGCCGUCUCCAUGGCCUUUGCCGGGUCCGAAACAACCGCCAUCAGCCUCGCCGCUGUCUUCUACUACCUCCUCAAGAACCCACAAUACAUGCAACGCCUGCGCGAAGAGCUCGAUGCUGCUGUAAAGGACGGAACACUCGUCAACCGACCUACUGGCCUUGUCUCCUGGGCUGAGUCCCAGAAACUCCCCUUCCUCGACGCCUGCAUCAAAGAGGCCUUCCGCAUACACCCAGCAGCAGGCCUUCACCUCGAGCGCGUCGUUCCGGCAUCCGGAAUCGAUAUUUCCGGUCACUUCAUCCCAGGCGGUACAAUCGUCGGAUGUACGCCUUGGGUCAUUCACCGCAACGAAGAGAUCUUCGGUCCUGAUGUCGACAAGUUCAACCCCGAUCGAUGGUUGACUACGUCGGCGGACAAGUUGAAGACGAUGAACGGCAUGAUGCUCCAGUUCGGAUCUGGGUCGAGGACCUGCAUCGGAAAGAAUAUCUCACUGAUGGAGAUUUAUAAGCUCGUGCCGAGCUUUUUGAGGCGGUUUGAUAUACAACUUGCGCAUCCGGAUCAAGAGUGGGAAUUGUGGAAUGCAUGGUUUGUCAGGCAGUAUAACUUCAAAACAAAGUUUAUUGCUAGAGAUAUCAGUGCUUAG